AUGUAUCGGUCACAAUAGUUCUGUGUAUCGCUGAGCACAAAUAACAGAGGAAUAUUAACAGUACAGCUAUGUCACGGACAGGAUACCUGUAUGGCAUGUGUACUCGCGAUUUCUAAUGGAUUAUAUCAUCCUUUGAAAGCAUCUUGUAGGAUUGUCUGUCAUUAGGAUACAUGAGUGAGCCAUGGAGAAGAACAAGAUCAACGGCGCCUCUCUGCAGCUGGAAGACUAUGGCGCCACGUCCAAACGCCAGUCUGAGGACAAGGUGAAGAUCAUGGAAGAAGAUGUCCUGGCCUCCUCAUCGCCAGAAACUCACAUGGAGUCCAAGUAUCUUGGGAACUUGGGCUGCUACUUUAAAGAUGAAAAGAGGAAAAUAGAUUUUGUGAUUGUGUACGAGGACUCCCUGGACAAGAAACUUGGGGUGAAGCCCACAGAGGAGAAACAUGUACAAUGGCGAGAGAAGUUCAUGCGUAAUAUACGGAAAGCUGGACUUGAAACAGAAGAGGAGAGCCUAGAGAGCGACAAGAAAAUCAUUAACUUUGUGAAAAUUCAUGCACCAUGGGACGUCUGUUGCUGCUAUGCAGAAGAUCUCAGCAUGAGGGCUCCACUGCAGGCCCAUCCGAAUCCCAGCAACAACUGGUCGGAGAAGAUACUGCGAGCUCUCCACAUCCCUAAUAUGAUGAGCCAGGACGUCCCCAACAGACCCCUCGACUACUACACGUGUCAGUUCAAGCGAUCCAAGCUCGAUAAGUUCCUUGGCCAUGAAAAUAAGGACCAGUUCUUUUCAUCCACUCAGCGGAGUCAGAUGGUGUGGGAAAUCCUGUCCACCGCCACAUACGGAAAAAAGAAGAAGGCUGAGAUAGGGGUGGAGAGAAUGAUAGAGGAAGAAACAUUUGUAGCCGCAUUUCCCCUACAUGAUGGUCCAUGGGAGAAACCGAAGCACUAUGUUGCCCCAGAGGAGUUAAACCAGAGACAGGUGCUGUCCCGGUACUGGGCGCGGUGGGGUGUGUGGUUCAAGUACCAGCCACUUGACCACAUCCGAGAAUACUUUGGGGAGAAGAUCGGCAUAUACUUCGCCUGGCUGGGUUUCUACACAGCCUGGCUGCUCCCGGCCUCCAUUGUUGGUGUGAUAGUCUUCCUCUAUGGCUGCAUAACCAUGAACGCCAACAUACCGGCUGUGGAGGUAUGUACGAGUGGGGAGAAGUACAAGAUGUGUCCGCUGUGUGACGAGGACAUCGGCUGUGAGUACUGGUACCUGUCUGACGUCUGCCUCUUUGUGAAGAUAGCCUACCUUUUUGAUCAUCCGGGGACCGUCUUCUACGCUGUCUUCGUCUCCUUCUGGGCUGUCACAUUUCUAGAGUAUUGGAAGAGAAAGAAUGCCAGCUUGGCUCACCACUGGGACGUGACGGACUUUGAGGAGGAAGGGGAGCGCCCCCGACCUGAGUAUGCUGCCAAGGCCCCUGAGUUUAAGGAGAACCCCAUCACUGGAGUGAAGGAGCCCUACUUUAACCCUAAGGACCGGAUACCCAGGAUACUUUCUGGCAUGGCGGUCAUUGUUAUAAUGAUGGUCCUGGUUAUUGUGUUCAUCAUUGCUGUGAUCAUGUACCGGGUGCUUGUCAGCAUCCCGCUGUUUGAGAACAAGGCGCUCCGGUCCAAGGCCUCCAUGAUUGCCAGCUUGUCUGCUGCUGUAGUCAACUUGCUGCUGAUUAUGGCGCUCGGCAGGGUGUACGAAAAACUGGCUUUAAAGCUCACUCAGUGGGAGAUGCAUCGAACCCAGAGUGAAUUUGAAGACCAGCUGACAUUUAAAGUGUUCAUUUUCCAAUUCGUCAAUUUCUACUCCUCCAUCAUCUAUAUAGCGUUCUUCAAAGGAAGAUUUGUUGGUUACCCUGGCCAUUACAGCAGGUUGUUUGGCUUGAGGAGUGAAGAGUGUAACAAUGGAGGUUGUUUGAUUGAGCUGGCCCAGCAGCUGGGUGUCAUCAUGAUUGGUAAACAGAUCAUAAACAACGCACAGGAAGUUUUAGUGCCGAAACUGAAAACAUGCUGGCAUCGGUUUAAGGCAAGAAUAGACAGCAGCGCCAUGCAGACUCGCUGGGAGGAGGAUUAUAGACUCAUUGAGAAUGAAGGACUGUUCCAGGAGUAUCUGGAGAUGGUCCUCCAGUUUGGCUUCAUCACCAUCUUUGUCGCUGCCUUCCCAUUGGCGCCACUGUUCGCCCUCCUCAACAACUGGGUCGAGAUACGCCUCGAUGCCAACAAGUUUGUGAGUGAGACACGCCGCCCUGUAGCGGAGCGUGCGGAGGACAUUGGGGUGUGGUUCCAGAUCCUCGACGCCCUAGCACAGCUAGCAGUCAUCAGCAAUGCCUUCCUCAUAGCUUUCACGUCCGAGUUCCUGCCACGAUUACUUUAUCAGUACGAGUACAACUGGUCUCUCAAUGGCUACACCAAUUUUACACUGUCGACGUCGCCAAAUGGAACAAUGCUUGAAACAUGCAGAUACAAAGACUUCCGAGACCCCAAUGGGGAGUAUUCAUUAUUUUACUGGAGGCUACUGGCUGUCAAGCUGGGAUUUGUCAUCCUUUUUGAGCAUGUGGUGUUUGGUAUCUGCCGGAUGAUCGACAUCCUGGUGCCAGACGUGCCUGAAGCUCUGGAACUCAAGAUCAAGAGAGAGCGAUACCUGGCCAAACAAGCCCUAGCUGACACAGCCACGAUCUUGAUGAUGGCUGCGGGAAAGGAAGAGGAUGAAGCAGAUGCAGCCCCAGAGAACGUGGAGAUAACUCUCCCGGAGAACACCGUGUGAUGCUCCAGCCAACCAAUCUUAACACAUUAGGUUCUCAUUUAUACAAUCCACCUGAACCACUCCUGUUUGUGUUGAUUACAUAUUGCUUUUUUCAUAUCCCUUGUAUGAAAGGCACACACACUUGUACUGAUUUUGUUCCUGAAGAUAUCUAACAUUUAUUACCUCGUAAUGGAAUACGUUGUGGAUGACCUUGAGAAAAUGGAGGUCAGACAGCUGUGGAGAAAGUGAUCUCAGAUAUCUUCUUGUCAUAUUUGAAAGUGGUCACUAUCCACUUUCCACUUCAGUAGCAAAUUAAAAAGUUCAAAAAAAUAUUUUUUUCCUCUUCAAAUUUUCCUUCUUUUCACUGUGCCUUUAAUGAUUUUUUUCCAUUUUUUUCCUUUACGUUCAGAAAUACUUAAAUCUUUGAAGUUAAUUUUUUCUUUUGAAACCAAGAAAUCCCACCCAUGUUGUAAAUGACUGUUACGAUGUGUCCAAGCUGGUGCUGUGAUGACUCCAUGCUGGACUUGAUUGGUAAUUAAGGAACAGGUGCCUGUUUUCUAGGCUAGAUAUUAAGAACGAUGGUUUUGAAGUAUUACAAAACAUGUUUUUCUGUUCUCAGAUUUGACGUUAAAAUACAUUUUGGCAAAAAUACAAACCUAGAAUCAUUUCCAGUUUGGGAAGUGUUUGUUUGUCACAAGUAUUUAACUUUUGUGAAGGAAGAAAUGAAUGAGUAAUUUAUGUAUUGAAUUUUGUCUGUUUGUUUUGCUUCAUGUUUUAAGUGUUUAAGAGCAAAAAAUAUACAGUGAAAGCUUAUUAAGUCAAACUCCUUAAAUGUUAUUGUUUGAGACAAUGCCAGCUUCUUGCUCCAGCAGAAUUCUGACCAGCACUGGGUGUGAUAACAGGACAUUGCUUGUGUCAAAUUGGGAAUUAGCCACAAUAAGCUAAUUAUUAGACAUUCAUCCUCAAACCAAACAACUCCCUUGCUUCUGUUUGUCCCCAAGUACUUACAGACGAA